AUGGUGUGCCUGAGCCAGGACGAGGACGUGCUGGACACGUGGUUCAGCUCGGGCCUCUUCCCAUUCUCGGUAUUCGGGUGGCCGGACGUGGACAGCGAGGACCUCAAGGCCUUCUUCCCCACGACGCUGCUGGAGACGGGCAUGGACAUCCUCUUCUUUUGGGUGGCCAGAAUGGUGAGCCCAACGAACCAACGUCGGUAG